UCAACUUUCAACCCCAUCACCAUAAAGAGAGAGAGAGAGAGAGAGAGAGAGAGAGAGAGAGAGUGUAGGCCUCACUUUCACACGUGUGAGUGAUGUGGGAUUUGUUAAAAAGAAAAAGAGGAGAACAACAAUAAAAUAGUAGUAGGAGCUUGUUAAAUUUUAGGGUCAGGGUCAGUCAGGGUUGUUAACUACUUAAAAGCACUUCUCCCUCGCUCUCUCUCUCUCUCUCUCUCUCUCCUCUCUCCUCUUUCCACCACCCCCACACAGUCAGUGAGACUGAUGAGGUGAGAGGCCGUGUAGGUUUCUGAACACUAUUUGCUAUUUUUGCUGUUUCUAGUUUUCUCGCCUGCAAACACACUCCUUGCUCUUCCUACCUAGCUUUCACUAGCGCGCGCUCUCUCUCUCUCUCUCUCUCUCUCUCUCUUUUGCUUCCAAUUAUUUUUCCAAUCCUUUUCAAACAUGACUUUGUAACAGUUCUUCAAUGUAAGAAAAUGAUGGCCAACAAUGGUGCUAUAUAUGCAACAGAAACCCCUAAUACCUUAAGCUGUUUCUCCUCCUCUUCUUCUUCUUCUUCUUCUUCUUCUUCAAUGGGAAUGGUUUAUGCCGAUAUGGGCUCUCUUUCUCUGAGCUCCAAGUUUGGAGUAUACUCAUCAGUUUCUUCGCAGGACAGCAGCUACAUCUCUAAGAUUUCUGAACCAGAAAAUGGAAGGGCAUUCUGGGGUUUUCCUUCUACCAGAAGUUAUGAGGAUCACCACAACAGCAGUGACAUGAAGGGCUCAGAUUAUAUCAGCAGUGAUCAUGAUAAGAAUCCUAACGAGAGUGGGGGGAAAGUUAGUGAGAAGGAAACAGAAAGUGGGCAAUCAAAACUGUGUGCCAGAGGGCAUUGGAGGCCUGCUGAGGAUUCCAAGCUCAAGGAACUUGUGGCUCUUUAUGGCCCUCAGAACUGGAACCUUAUUGCAGAGAAGCUGGAAGGAAGAUCAGGUAAGAGCUGCAGAUUAAGAUGGUUUAACCAGCUGGACCCAAGAAUCAACAGAAGAGCUUUUACUGAGGAGGAAGAAGAAAGACUAAUGCAAGCUCAUAGAAUAUAUGGCAACAAGUGGGCCAUGAUAGCCAGGCUCUUUCCUGGAAGAACUGAUAAUGCUGUGAAGAACCAUUGGCAUGUUAUCAUGGCCAGGAAGUACAGAGAGCAAUCCAGUGCUUAUCGGAGGAGGAAGCUAAACCAAACUGUUUACAGAAGCAUGGAGGAAAAUCCAAGCUUCAAUGCAGCCUCGAGGAGUACUGAACCUCCGCCACCUUAUAAUGGUCUCAGUCUCCCCAAUGGCGGCCUCGGCGGCAGUGGUUCUAUAUCUUCUUUUUCAUAUGGAACAAGCUAUGAUGGUGUUGUUGGUUAUGGGGCUGAUUAUUAUGGCUCAAAUGGUUCACAAAACUUGAUUAGUGUGGAAGAAGAAGCAAUCGCAAGAAAAAAGUUGCUUUCUUAUAAUAAUAGUGGAUUUUGUUCACAACAAACUCCUGAAUUCUUCCGUGGUCGGAAGAGCAAUGAGGUGAUGGGGAUGAUGAGCCAGAACCAAUGUUGGGAUGGUUCAGGUGAGAUGGAGGGUCAUUCAUAUGGGGGUAUGUAUACCCACCAUCCACCUCCAAACAUGAAUGUGAUGACAAUGCAACAGUCAAACUUCCACAGCCUUGUUCAUCAAAAGUACUCAGAUUCUUCAUGUCAAUUUUCAGGCGGCAAGCCCUCACCAUCAGCAUCAGCUGCUGACAGAGUUGUUGGCAGCGGCGGCGGCAGCAGCCGCCGUGAGACGAGCAUUCAGCCACCGCCCUUCAUUGAUUUUCUUGGGGUAGGAGCCACAUGAAGUUAGAACUCAGCCGAAAAGGGUUUUUUUUAUUUUAUUUUUUAUUUUUUUUAUUUUCUUCACUUGAAUCAUCAGAAGAAAAAGAGGCACAAUGUGUUUGUGGUCCAAGAAAAACUAUGAAGCAAUUAGAGGAAAAAAAAGAAAAAAGAGAGAAGGCUUGUUGUUUUAGUUAAGCUCAGCUGACAGUGAAAAAUCUGCAUCAUCCCCUUUUUAGUCAUAUCCCACCACCAUCUUUUUCAAUGUACCCCCAAACUCUCACAUGAGACCCCCUUACCAAAAGGUGAUCCAAUAAAUUAGAUUAUUGUCACA